AUGAUGGGGCAUAAAGCUUACAGCGAUAUCGCCAAGAAGAAUCCUGCUUGGAUGACUCAGAUGGAAGUCGACGGGACCGCCGAUCCACAAUCGGUGGAUAUCAUGCUGAAGAUGUUCAGUGACAAGGCCAUCAGUCUACUAAAGGCAGAAGGACAUGAAGCGACAGCAAGAAUGGCAGAGGCUAUGUCUGGCCUGCACAAAGCAUUCGAUGAAAGAGUGCUGAAAGUUUCAGAGAGGAUACGUCUCGUUCACGAGGGUCGAUGGCUAUUGGAAGGCAUCGACUGGACCAAUGUCAGCCACAAAUAUGUCAAGGGACUAUCCUCUGUAAUAUUUGAAGGCUUCAUAGUUGCAAUUGAUACUCAUCUGCAAGUAAAGCAGUAUGUGAGGGAUAAGAAUCAAGCGCUGGGAGGAAGAGGGGGAGCAGCUGCGCAAAGAGAAGGAGCAGCUCCGCAAGAAGGAGGAGGAGCUGCGCAAGAAGGAGGAGCAGCUGCGCAAGAAGGAGGAGCAGCUCCGCAAGAAAAAGGAGGAGAGCUUCGCAAGGAGAAGGAGGAGGAGCAGCUUCGCAAGAAGGAGGAGGACGAGCUUCGUAAGGAGAAGGAGGAGCAGCUUCGCAAGAAGGAGGAGGAGCUUCGCAAGGAGAAGAAUGAGCAGCUUCGCAAGGAGAAGGAGGAGCAGCUGCGCAAGGAGAAGGAGGAGCAGCUGCGCAAGAAGGAGGAGGAGCAGCUGCGCAAGAAGGAGGAGGAGCAGCUGCGCAAGAAGGAGGAGCAGCUUCGCAAGGAGAAGGAGGAGGCCCAGCUUCGCAAGAAGGAGGAGGAGCAGCUUCGCAAGGAGAAGGAGCAGCUCCGCAAGGAGAAUGAGGAGGAGCUUCGCAAAAAGGAGGAGCAGCUUCGCAAGAAGGAGGAGCAGCUUUUCGCAAGGAGGAGGAGCAGCUUCGCAAGGAGAAGGAGGAGCAGCUUCGCAAGAAGGUGGAGCAGCUUCGCAAGAAGGAGGCCCAGCUUUGCAAGGAGAACCUGGUUUUGA